UAAUAGGUUGUAUUUUAUGAUAAAAGUAAAACAGAAAGAAAGGGGAGACCAAGUCAAUUUUCGCAGUCGCCCUCUCACUCUCAAGUCGCCGCUGCGUACGCACUGGUGCAACUACUCCCGCCCGAGUCGCCCACAAAACCUAGCAAGAAGCCUCCGUUGCCGCGUGCGCGCCCAUGCCGCUCUCCAGCUGCUUCGCCGCCGCGGGUGACCCCUCCCCGGCGCCGGCGACCUCCGAGUCAACGUCCGUCUACUGGACGCACCUCGGAACCAUCAGGCUGACGUGGUCCCGCGCCCCGCUCGGCCUCUUCCUGGCUGCGGAUCUCCGCCUCGCCGGGGACGUCGCGCCCGCGCGCUUUGUGCUCCGGCCGUGGCUCCCGUGGCGGCGGCGCGGGUCCAAGCGGUUCUCCACGGCGGGAGGCCGCGUCGUGGUCUUCUCGUGGGACCUCUCGCGGGCCCGUUUCGCCGCCGGCCGCCGGCCCGAGCCCGUGUCCCUGUUUUCCCUGCACGUCUCGGUCGACGGCGAGCUCGCACUGGCCGCCGGGGACCUCGAGACCCCCGCGUCCGCCGGGCUCCUCCUCUCCCGCCUGGAGAACGCCGUCGCCGUUGCGGCCGGAGACGCGUACACCACCACCGUCGCCGUCGCUGGCGAGAGGCACGAGGUAUCCCUCGCCGUGGAGGACUCGGCCAUGUGGGUCGCCGUCGACGGCGAGAAGGCCCUUCAGGUCCGCCGACUCCGAUGGAAGUUCCGCGGCAGCGAGAGGCUCGACCUUCCCGGCGGCCGCGUCCGGGUCACGUGGGACCUCCACGGCUGGCUCUUUUCCCCGGACGCGGCCGCCGUCUUCGUCCUCCGGUUCGAAACCUCCGACGCGGACGAAGCGGACGCCAACGACGUGGAAGAUGACGCGGGCAUGCAUGUACUGAGGCAAAGUUCUUUCAGAAACCACCAGGCAGCCGGCGGCGGCGGCGAGAGCUGGUGCAGCAGCGACAGCGACAAGAGGGGGUGGAGGCGUGGGCCAUUCAGGUCGGGCUCGGACACGUCGCCGUCAGUGUCGGUAGCGUCGACGUCCGCGGCGUCGUCGGCCAGCAGCGUGGCGACGGUGUCGGAGUGGGCGGCCGCGGAGGAGGCGGCAGCGUUGAAGGACGGCGGUGGGUUCUCUCUCGUGGUCCAUCUUUGGAAGAAGAGGAGGUAGCCCUAAGUAGUAAGAACAAGGGCAACGUAUUUUGUCCAAGUCGUAUUAGAUGUGGGACCUAAGAUUCAGUAGUAGUUGUGAGAGAUACUAUAAUGUUUAUGUAUACGGUGAAAGGUAAGGUGGAUCUAGGGGUGGGCAAAAAUCCCAGUGACCGAAAAUCGAGCCCGAACUAUUUGAGAUUAAAUCCGAAUUAUUCGAAGACCGAAAUUUUAGGUAGUAUUUUAGGUAUGGGUUUCAGA